AUGGCACCUUCCGAACCCAUCGAAAUAGAAGACGAUGGCUCGAACGCUGGGGAUGACAGUCAAGUGAUCAAUGAAGAGUACAAAAUAUGGAAGAAAAAUACUCCCUUCCUCUAUGAUACAGUAAUCACACAUGCUCUCACAUGGCCAAGUUUGACUUGUCAAUGGCUACCAGAUAAAACUAGUCCACCAGAUGCAGAUUACACUGUACAUCGUAUGAUCAUAGGUACACAUACCUCAGGUCAAUCGAAUGAUCACUUGAUCAUUGCGGAAGUAUUACUUCCUAAAGGUGGAUUAGAGAAUACCGGAAAGGAAGUAGCGGAGAUGUAUGAUGAGGAUAAACAAGAACUCGGCUCAUAUACCAAAUCACCAGCUAGAAUUAGAGCUAUUCAGACCAUAAACCAUGAAGGAGAAAUCAACAGAGCAAGAUAUAUGCCUCAAAAUUCUAAUCUUAUCGCUACUAAAGCCGUUUCAGGAGAAGUAUUGAUAUUUGACAGAACAAAACAUGAAUCAAAAGCACCUAGUAAAGGGGAAUGCAGACCUGAUAUUAGACUUAAAGGUCAAACUAAAGAAGGUUAUGGAAUCGCUUGGAGCACAGUCAAGGAAGGUUAUAUCCUCAGUGCGAGUGAGGAUACUACUGUAGCUCAUUGGGAUAUCCAAGGAUACCAAAAGAAAGAUCCCUCACUGCAACCUCUUCGAUUAUACAAGGGACAUUCAGCUUGCGUAGGAGACGUCGACUGGCAUCCCACACAGGAGAGCAUUUUCGCUUCAGUUGGAGAUGACAAGAAGAUCAUGCUCUGGGAUACAAGAUCAGAAAAUUCCAACAAGCCUACUUCUGCUAUUGAAGGUCAUACAGCAGAGAUCAACACGGUGUCAUUUGCGCCAAGUUCAGAAAAUCUCUUUUUAACUGGCUCAAGCGAUAACACAAUCGCAUUAUGGGAUAUCCGAAAACCAACAUCAAAACUUCAUUCAUUUGAAGGUCAUACAGAUGAUGUACUUCAAUUAGCAUGGUCACCUCAUUCACCCGUUCAUUUCGCAUCUGCAUCAGCUGAUCGAAGGGUCCAUAUUUGGAAUUUAGAUGCCAUUGGAUCUGAACAGACUCCAGAUGACGCAGAAGAUGGUCCACCUGAAUUACUGUUUGUUCACGGUGGUCAUACUUCAAAAGUAUCAGAUAUCUCUUGGAGUUCAAAUGCCAAAUGGCAUAUUGCCACUACUGCAGAGGAUAAUAUCUUACAAGUUUGGGAACCCUCAAGACAUAUUAGAUCUCCAGGUGAAGGAGAUGUAGAUGCUAUGGACCUGGAGUAG